AUAAUUUUCUGCACACGAACUUUAUUGUAGCAUGUAACCCUGUUGUUUGUUUUGUCAAAUUCGGUCGAUCAAUCAGUUUGUUUGACUGCCUCAGUUCUUCAAGCCAUUCUCGUGAAGCCAUAUUUAUUCGCAGAAUUGAAUUGAACUGGAGCUAUUUUACGCUGUGUUGCUGCGUAAAACUUUAUGUCAAACUGUCGCACAAUUUUGUGUGAGUUAUUUGAAUUUUAAAAUAAUGGAAGAUAACGCAAACAAGGAGACUCGAGAUUUGGAGGAUGAAUUUAUAAAAACGUAUGAACAUUUACCUGAGCUUUGGAACCCAGAUCAUGCACACUAUACAAAUAAACACAAACGAAACGCUGCACACGAUGUUUUGUUACAAGUUUUAAGAAAGUGGGAUCCAGAGGCAACCAGAUACAGUGUUAGAAAAAAAAUAAACGUAUUGAGAUCGUGCUACAGAAAAGUGUUGCAUAAAUAUUUAGCAUCAAGAACUGUCGGUCCAGACGGUGAAGAGAUUUAUGAAUAUGAACCGAAAUAUAGUAAAUUCCAUAUGCUAAGAUUUCUUGACGACAAACUACAUUUACAGCACAAUAACACAGUAGAAAUUAAUAUCGACGAUAACUAUUACGAAGAUGAUGAUGGCAAUGAAAAUAACGACAGUUCAUAUCAGAAAAGAGAUGUAUUAGCAUUAGAGGAUGAAAACAAUCACAUAGUUAUCAACCAAAACCAUGUAAAUGAACGCAAAGUCAAAAGAUUAAAAGUUGAACAGUUGUAUCCAGUUAAUGCAGAGGUGCUUGAUAGAGAACUUGAAGCUAUCGGGGCCAACGUGGCUUGUAAACUAAAGAGAAUGGAUCCCGAGCAAAGGUAUCACGCCGAGCUAUUAAUAAAUAAAGUAUUAAUAACUGGACUAAGAAACAAUUUAACAGAAGGUACGGACUUUACGGAGGUGUAUAAAAAAUGAAUGGUUAUAUUAAGAGUAAUUUAGGAGAUCAAAAGACUUUGUAAAUAUUAAUUAUGUGAGUGUUAUGUGAUAAGUUAGGUAUUUGAGGUAUAUCAGCAAAGGAACUGAUAUAAAAAUAAACUAAAGACUUUUUAUUGAA